AUGAUGAAGAACACGAUCACUACUGCCGCUUCUGUCGCUGGAGAGUCGUCUGUGAAUGUCACGUCGUUGAAGGCACUUCUUACACAUUUGAUAUGCGGAUUAGGGUUAGGAUCUGCAUUCUAUGCUGCCCAUUCUGUUUACGCCAUCAACCUUACUGAAAAUCCAGAACAAACCAUCCGUUUGCUUUGGGUGAUAGAAGCUCCAGUUGUAAUCCUUCUCUACAGUCUCUUUCAGCAUUCCUCAAAUCAAUGCUCUUACCUGAAAGCUGUCUUUCGAGGUUUACUGGGACUUCCCACUGGGGCCAUAGUGAAUGCACUUGGAGCUAUAGCUUUGGGAGCACCUAUGAUUCAGAAUUUUGAGAGGACCAUUCACUGGUCUCUUUUGAUGUCAGUUCUUACUUGUGUCCCUGCAGCUUCUGUCUUAGGCUCUUCUUGGGCCGACUGGCAACGGAUAUUUGCUCUCACAAAGGCAAGUAAACCCCUUGAGUAUAUGAUUUGUAUACCUGCACAUGGAGCUGUUAUUGGAGCCUGGUUUGGUGCUUGGCCGAUGCCACUCGACUGGGAAAGGCCAUGGCAGGAAUGGCCAAUAUGUGUAACUUAUGGAGCUGUAGCUGGGUACUUUGUUGGAAUGGUGGCUUCAAUUGGUUUUGUUGUUUUCAACAAUCAUAGCGUUCGUGUGAAAGGCGACUAA